CCUAUACCAUCCAUACCCAUAUCGUCUAUACCACCUCCCCCCCUCCACACUCACUCACACCCCUCCGCCUAUCUGCCCUCCCCGUUAUAGCUGCCAGCCGCCCUGCAAACCUCGCUGCGACUUACCUAUCCUCCCUGCGACAUACUCUACAUACUCACUUACAUAUCUGCUGCGACUCCACUCCUCGGGUAUCACUCCCUUUACAUCGCAAACACCCCCCAAACCCCCCAAUCUGCCGGCGAAAACGAUCCACCGAACAGCAGCAAUCCUCGCGCUAUUUUUCACGCGUCGCUCACCUCUGUUCGGUCUGCUGCAGUAGCCUUCCCGAAAGCCUGUCGCCCGCUGGAAAUCAUGGCCGCCACACGCUCGGCGCUGCCUCCAAUGACGAUUCACAGAGAUGUGCUCGGACCUUUCCCACAGACCCCCCCCUCACCACCACCACCUUCGACGAACAACUCAGCAGCUACACCUGCAUCUGAGACCGCUAGCUCCACACGACUAUCCACCGCCGCCGCCGCCUCGUCGUCCUCGUCCGUCGCCGCAACAACUACUUCGACCUCUAGCAAACCCAAUCCCCUACGAUCGACAACUGGAAAUCCCCUCCAGUCGAUAAUGUUCAGGCCGCCAAUCGCGGGCCUCGGAAACUCACCACUCAAGCGGAAGCAACAGAACCACAAGCCGAAUUCGUUUCCUACCAUCGUGUUCGAAAAUUCCUUCGAGCGGAUUGCAAUGCCCCCGCCGGACCCGGACGCGUUCACCACCGACUCACCCAUGAAGAAGCCGCCAGUAACCAUUUUCGACACUGCGAUACCCAUGCCCUCGCUUCAGCGGAAGCCGAGCGCUGCCUUGUUCACUCAAUUCCAGGCCUCAAAGGCGAUGGCCGAAAAGGAGAACUACGGGCAUGUACUGGACGGGAAGGUACAUAAGCCGGGAGCGGGACCGGGAGGAGGAGGGGUUCGGCGAGUACUUAUGGAGUCGGCACCCAUCAAGGAGAAGAAGGUUUCAAAGGACAAGUCGGCGAACAACUCAGCAAUACCUGAUCCGGAUACGUGGGAACCCCCCCAGGUCCUGGAUGAUGGGAAGAAACCGCCGUACAGCUAUGCGACGCUGAUUGGAAUGGCCAUCCUCCGAGCACCGGGUCGACACUUGACUCUGGCUCAGAUUUACAAGUGGAUCGCCGACAGCUUUCAGUACUACAAGACGUCAAACAAUGGUUGGCAGAACAGCAUCCGACACAACCUGUCCCUCAACAAGGCAUUCGUGAAACAGGAGAGGCCAAAGGAUGAUCCGGGAAAGGGAAAUUAUUGGGUUAUCCAGAAGGGAUGCGAGCAUCAGUUCAUGAAGACCAAGAGCUCACGUAAAUCUGGCAAGAAGUCAUCGGUGCCAGCAGCGACAUCAUCACCGGUGCCCUCGUCUUCCCAGGAAAGCAAACUACAAUCUUCUCAGGCUGACGACGCUACCACCACCACCACCACCUCGACCGGCAAGAAGAACAAAAAGUCGACACCUGCUGAGAUUCAGGUACACGAGGAUGCUUCUGAGCUACCGGACCCUACGCCUACGCCCUCCCAAUCGGAACAUGCCGGGAGCACGGACGCUACAGAGAAGGUUGUCAGCAGUAGUGGUCUGCAUGAGGAAGUGCUGGCACUGUCGUCAGAUGCCACGAGGAGUGCAAGCAGCGUCAGUCCCGAACCGACCCGUCGUUCUCUUCUUCUUGAAGAUGACGAUGUUUUCCGCCCGUCUUCGCCGCAAGGGAUCAUUCUUGCCAACUCUUCGCCCCCUCAUAUCAACAUCAUGUGCUCGUCUCCACCACUAACGAGGUCGCAAUUAAACCACUCCUUGAGAGAUGCGACGCCACCGCCAUUGUUCCCGUCAUCGUCCGGGAUGAGAAAGCGCAAGGUUUCGUCCAUGAAUGACAGUGGCUACUUUUCGUCGUUGGAGUCCUCGGUCAUCCGUCCGAGCAAUACCGACUCGGAUAAGCCGAGGAUCAAGCGUGGUAGGGCUGAAGAGGCCAUUGCGCGCAUCCGUGAACACGAGAGUCCGACCCGCAGAUCCACGAUGGCACCCAACUCCUCCAUGUUGGGCCUUUCGUCUCCGUUGAGGAGUUACGAUAUUAACCCGAUGCUGCCGCCUCUCACCCCUGCCACCACCCUCCGACCCCAAAAGCCACCAAGAUCGGUCAGCCCUAACACCAAUCUCCGCAUCCAUCGGGAUAAGAUCCGGCAGUUGGUCAAAUCACCAUCUCGGGAUGUGGACAUUCUCGACGACGAUCCGUGGGGUUCAACCCUCGCCGCCUUCGCCUGCCAUGAAUUCGCUAUGGAUACCACUGCGAUUGCCGACGAUAUCGUCCCCCGAAACUCGUUUGGUUCUCCGGGACACAAUAUCCGGUUCACCCCCCGGGAUAUAUUUGCCGACGGGCUCUUUGACACCCCGGAUCUCUUUGGUGUCGAUGUGUUUGGCGUCAUGAGGAAUGGAUUCGAGAGGUUCACCAACGACUGCCCGGAAUCUCCAACUGCCGGCCACGGCAGUAUGAGCAGUCGGCCCGGUUUACACAAGAGUCACACCACAAACUUUUGAGUUUUUUCGGCGGAUACCCGUUGCGGUUCUCACUUUUUUCUGGCUUUUCCGGACCGCAAUCUCGGCGUUGGGGAUCUUUUUUUUUAUUUCUUUUUUUUUCCAUGUGCCCUCUUUUCAGUUUGGGACAGGUGCCAGCGAGUCUUUUUUUUUCCUUUCCUCUUUUUUUUUUCUUCACGUCCCAUGAAAAGUUUGGGAACUUUGCAUAGUGCGAGGGUGUAAGAAUUCUUUUUACUGUGGGACCUUGUGCUUUUACGGGUUCGGUGUAGUAUUAUUCCCUGCUACACUUUUCAGCGAUCUUUUUCUUUUACACCCAUAUUUUUAACGAGACCACGAGACCAACGCGACCACGAAUUUGGGGGAGACACAGAGUGGGGUGA